AUGACGUUGAACCACGUUGAGUGGGACGCAGGUGAUGGAGUGCCUGGCACGUUGGCGCGCUUUCGGCUGCCACGGGCAGUAGCUCUUGAUGAGAUGCAACAGAGGACUUUGCUCUAUAUCUCAGAUGGGGCUAAUCAUGCCAUCAGGCAGCUGAAUUUGAGCGACCAGAAUCUGACUACAGUGGCAGGCAAGCUGGGAGUCCCAGGCUACACAGAUGGUUCAGAGGUGUUGCUGCGGGACCCGAAUGGACUUGCUUUAGAUGAAAGUCGUCAGGAGCUUUACGUUGCAGAUCAGGGCAACCAUGUGGUGCGUCGGAUUGACUUGACAACUGGAUUCAUCUCCACCAUCUCUCCCGUUGGACCGGAUUCUCUAAAAUCUCCGAGCGGGUUGGCACUAGCAGAAACGCUUUUCGAGAGAGUCUUGUACAUAGCAGAUUCGGGAAACCACCAAAUCCGAAAGCUGGAUUUGGUGACCGGCAAUCUCUCAGUUGCAGCGCCAGCCUUUUUCGAGCAUGCCGCUGGCUUGGCUUUUGACAAGCUAAAUGGCAUUUUGUAUGUGGCAGACCAAGGAGUUCAUGCUGUGUUUAGCUUGGAUAUGACCUUGGCUUCGCCUGCAGCUGGCUUAGUUGCAGGGCAGCCUGGCUAUCCUGGAGGUCCUGGGGACGGUUCUACCUUCAUGAGCCAUGCCUUGAAAGCACAGCUGAACCGCCCGGAUGGCCUGGCCUUGGAUUCUCAAGGGCAAAGGCUUUACAUUGGAGAUGCGACCAAGGCCAUCCGCAUGGUGGACCUCACGAACCAAAACAUGACCUUAGCGGCAAUUCGAUCCAGCUUUCAACAUGAGACAGGACAUUUGGGACCUAUUGGUUUGGCACUUGGCAACACCACUAUACCUGGAUUCAAGGUUGAAUCCAUUUAUCAUAGACCUCUGGAGGGUGGCCCUCCGCAAUUUGGCAACUACUUCUACUUUCGAUCUUCCAUGGGCUAUGCAGGCUACAAGAACGCGAGUGGCAUUCUCAGGAGCCGCCACUACCGCCGUGGUGUGCUGUUGUGGGUCGGUUACAUUCGAUUCUUUGGGGAACGCUACGGCAGCUUGGAUUUCAAUCGCCAGCAUGUGCUGGAGUGUCCUCAGCUGUGA